AUGGCGCAAGAGGAGCUGUUUUGGGCAUUUCUGGAGGAUGGUUGCCCCCUGGAGGAUCUCAAGAAGCUGCGCCUUGAGAGCUUCGACUGGAGCUCCCGAGACAGCGAUGGGAAGACCAUGUUGGUCGUUCAUAUUCACAGUGCACUGAUUAAUUCCUCCAGCUUUCCGGAUUCCCUCAGGGCCCUUGAAUGGCUCAUUGUCUCUGGGGCAAGCAUCGAGCAAAAGUGCACAGGUGGUGCUUCCAACUUUUGGUGGGAAGAGAAACCCCAGGUACCAAAGAUCCGUGUGGAGUGCAAAGGGCUCACUUCCAUCUCAUAUGUGCGGGAAUUGCAGAGGAAGAUGCGCGAACAUCUGUCAGACUGGAAAGACCAAGAGGCUUUCCUGGCAAAGGGCAUCGUCGAGUUGUGGGAAAAGUCGUUGGCAGCAAAGGCUUCGCACGACUUGACCAUUGAAACGGCUGAUGGGAUGGUGACAGCACAUGCCCACAUGAUGAAAGCAGCGUCACCCGUCGUCAGCGCCAUGUUGGAGUCGCCAAUGAAGGAAGGGAGAACACAAUGUAUCGAGAUCAAGGAUACGUCUAACAAGGCAGCGUCGCUCUUGCUGGAGAUCAUGUACACGUGCUCGGCACAAGAGGAGCCAGACCGCGAAACGGCUUUGCAUGCUUUGGACUUGGCUCAUCGCUGGCACGCAGAGGUGGUGGUCGCGAUCUUGGCUGACUUGCUGGCAGGUAUGAUCACCGAUGAAAGUUUUCUUGCAAUCUCGGAGCAUGCUGCCCUCAAGGCGGGAAGCAUCACGUCUGCCAUGUCUUAUAACAAAUAA